GUUGUUGCAGGCAAACUAUUGAUGGAGAGGCACCCAUCUAUAGUUUGGACUCCAUGUGCCGCCCAUUGCAUUGACCUCAUGUUAGAGGAUAUUGGAAAACUUCCAUGGGUCAAGACAUGUGUAGAAAAGGCAAGAAAUGUGUGCAAAUUUGUAUAUAAUCAUUCAUGGGUGUUGGCUCUUAUGAGACAAUACACAGAGCAUAAGGAGUUAGCUCGUCCAGGAAUCACAAGAUUUGCCACAAACUUCAUCACAUUGCAGUCCAUGCUUCGUUGUAAGAUGGCCUUGAGACGUAUGAUUGUUGGUGAGGAGUGGUCUUCCUCAUCCUAUGCUGCCACCCCAGCAGGAAAAGAUAUGGCAGACUGCAUUUUUGAUGAGCGAGGCUUUUGGAGCCCUUGUGAUGAGAUAGUGAAGUUUGUUAAGCCCUUGGUGGUUUUGUUGCGAGUUGCGGAUGGAGAAAAGCCCGCAAUGGGCUACAUAUAUGAGGGCGUGGAUAGGGCGAAAGAGGGCAUCAAAUCUAUCUAUGCAGGAGAUGAGAGCAACUAUGGCCCAUCCAUGCAGCAGCCUAUUAUUUGA